ACUGCCAUCCAUCUAAACAUAGACUGAUACAGGUGGCUGCAAGACUUAUGGAGCACUGCAGAAUGAGGGUUUUACUCACUAUCGCUGCUCUGGUGGUCGUGGCCGGAGCAGCCAGCGUCUCUCUGGAGGAUCUGGAGUUCCACGCCUGGAAACUGAAGUUCGGUAAGAUCUACCACUCUAUAGAAGAAGAGUCUCAGCGUAAGAUGAUCUGGCUGGACAGUCGUAAGAAGGUCCUGGUGCACAACAUGCUGGCUGACCAGGGCAUCAAAAGCUACAGACUUGGCAUGAACCGCUUUGCAGAUAUGGAUGACGAAGAGUACAGACAGAUGCUUAAGGGCUACCUGGGAUCCUUCAACAGAACAAAGACCAGCAGUGCAACUACAUUCCUCCGACAGGCAGGAGGCGCUGCUCUACCCAAUACUGUGGACUGGAGAAAAAAGGGCUAUGUUACCGGCGUAAAGAACCAGCUGGACUGUGGAUCCUGCUGGGCCUUCAGUACAACAGGGGCGCUAGAAGGACAGAUGUUCAGGAAGACAGGUUAUCUGGUCUCCCUCAGCGAGCAGCAGCUGGUGGACUGCUCCAGGGCUUUUGGAAACAAGGGCUGCCAUGGUGGCUGGAUGGACCAGGCUUUUGCAUACGUGGAGGAGAAUGGAGGACUGGACACGGAGGAGUCAUACCCCUACGAGAACAGAGAUGAUGUGUGCAGGUUUAAUCCAGCCACUGUGGAAGCUACCUGCACUGGCCAUGUGGACAUCCACAAAGGAGAUGAGGAAGCCCUGCAGGAAGCUGUGGCCACCAUUGGUCCUAUUUCUGUGGCCAUAGAUACCAAACAGCCCUCCUUCAAGUACUAUCAAUCAGGUGUGUAUGAUGAGCCUUCCUGCAGCAGCAGUAAUGUGGAUCAUGCCGUCCUGGUUGUUGGAUACGGUACUGAGAGUGGACAGGACUACUGGCUGGUCAAGAACAGCUGGGGCACUGGGUGGGGUGAAGAAGGCUACAUCAAGAUGUCCAGAAACAAGAAUAAUCAGUGUGGUAUCGCCACAGCAGCCAGCUAUCCACUGGUCUAAAGAUGGGAGUGAACCAAGACCUCCAUGAAAAACUCAAAAUGUUUUGAGUUAAUCUUCAUCGUCUGACAGUCUGAGAGUCUGAGAUUUUCCUCAGGAAUUACAUGCUAAAUAUGUUUACCAUAACUGUGUAAAACUAACCACUGUAGCUGAAAUUAAUCUUUCACUACUUUACUACUGACUAAUAAGAAAACAUGAUAUGAGUGCAAAAAUGAAUGUGGGUGAGGAAAUAAAAUGAUGAAUGUUUAU